GCGUGCGGCUCCAACGCCGAUUGCCUGGAAACUUUCAACGGCAUUGAGUGCGCCUGCAAGCACGGCUUUUCCGGCAACGCCUACAUCGACUGCAAAGACAUCGACGAAUGCAAGAACAGCGUGUGCGGAAACAGCGCCGUUUGCAUCAACACGAUUGGCAGCUACGAUUGCCGGUGCAAGCAAGGAUAUGCCGGCAACCCGUUCGUCAUGUGCACGCAGGUCCAAGGAGGAAUCUGCAGGCAACCGGAAAACUGCCAAUGCAGCGACACCCUCCUGUGUCCCAAUGGGUAUUCCUGCAAACGUGGACAAUGCCGCGACCUUUGCGAGUCGGUGAGCUGCGGGCCGAAGGCCAUCUGCGACAGCGGCAAGUGCAGCUGCCCGCCUGGCUACGUUGGGCACCCCAAGGACCUGAAGGCUGGCUGCAGCCCUCAGGGCCAGUGCAGCAGCGACGCGCACUGCGCCAACACGGAAAUCUGCUUCCAGCUAGGCAAAGGCCUGCGCACGUGCGUGGAUGCUUGCUCGAAGGCCCAGUGCGGACCGAACGCCUUGUGCAUUGCCUCCAAGCAUCGCACCUCAUGCAUCUGCAGUCCCGGCCACAAAGGCAACGCUGGGGAUUUGAGCGUCGGCUGUCAGAUGGAGGAGCGGCUCAACUCGCGGGAAUGCUUGGAGGACAGCGACUGUAAGUUCGCGACGAUUUGCGCCAUCGACCAAAAGGGCCUGCAGCGAUGCAUAAACCCGUGCGAAACGGUGGCAUGCGGCACCCAUGAGGCCUGCCAGCUCGAUGUGGCUGGCCACCCGACAUGUGCGUGUACCGACCAGUACCUGUGGAACCCGGUUUCGUCCGCCUGCGAGAAGCCUGCAGUGCCAGAAUGUGAGCAUGAUGGCGACUGCGAGCCGGUCGCCACCUGCCAGCCUGAUGCUCUCGGCGUGCUCAAGUGCAGCCUGAUCUGCCCCCAGUUCACGUGCCCCAAUAAUUCCGCCUGCGUGGCCGAGGCCCAUAAGGGUCAGUGUCGGUGCUUCGAGGGCUACUCAGGGAACCCGAACGACCGCAACGGCUGCCUGCUGAUCAAACAAGACGCCUGCUCUGCGGACGCUCAUUGCCCAGAGCAAGACACAUGCAGGAGCAGCCCGGAGGAAAACCGCCUAAUGUGCCUGCCAGCAUGCGAUUUGCUGCGCUGCGGCCCCAAUGCGAUCUGCGCGGUUAACAACCACGUCCCCAAAUGCCAGUGCCCUCCCGGCUCCUAUAUCGGCAACGCCAGCGACUUGGGCCUGGGCUGCAGGGCGGUGCCCUGCGUCUACAACAUCGACUGCCCCUCCAGUCAGCUCUGCGACCGGCUGUCGCAUUCCUGCAGGGAUGUCUGCGAUGAGGAGGCCUGCGGCACCAACGCAGUCUGCAUUGGGCAGGACCACCAAGCCUCCUGCCAAUGUCCGCCCGGAUUCGCUCCCAACCCCCUGGCUGAAGUCGAGUGCGUCCUAGUCGACCAAUGCAAGUCAAACCCCUGCCAUCCCACUGCGCUUUGCCGGCCGACCAAUCGGGGCUUCAGCUGCCUCUGUCCGGAGGGGACAGUAGGCGAUGCGCUGGUCUCAGGUUGCAAGCAGCGAGGCAACUGCACCAAGGCUCCAGAGUGUCCCGCGAACACCGACUGCGUGGGAGGCUACUGCAUCAGCCCCUGCAGCCGCCAGGCCUGCAACCCCAACGAGGUUUGCUCAGUGGUUAACAGACAGGCCGUCUGCUCCUGCCCUGCCGGAUAUAAACAGUCAGGGUCUGGAUGCCUGCGCCUUAUUCAGGCCUGCGCCUCUGAUGCGGAGUGCAGCAACGAGGUGUGCUACCAAGGCCAAUGCCGGCCGGUGUGCAGAGACAGCAAGGACUGCUCAGAAGGGGAAGCCUGCUUGAGCAAGAAAUGCGCCACCCCUUGCACCGACCACAGCCAAUGCGAGCAGGGCCAAGCUUGCAGGGCUGGCAUGUGCACCCUGGGCUGCAGAAGCAACAAAAACUGCCCCAGCCAUCAGGCUUGCGUCAACAGCCAGUGCCUGGACCCGUGCGCCAGUAGGGAAGCCUGCGGCCCAAAUGCUGUUUGCUCUUGCAAGGACCACCGCACAUCCUGCGAGUGCCCCAAAGGCUUCGAGGGCAACCCGCGCCCCGAACAGGGCUGCAUUCGCAUUCCCACCCUAUGCAAUGCGCAGCAUCAAUGCCCAUCGGGGCACGCCUGCUUCAACGAGCAAUGCACCUUCAACUGUCAUGGGAAUAGUGAUUGCGCUGUAGGCGAGCGAUGCACCAACAAGGGCUGCCUGAAGGUCUGCUUUGGAGACAGCAACUGCCUCACUGGGGAAAUCUGCCGGGACGAAGUCUGCCAACCUGGGUGUGCCCGGGAUAGUGACUGCAAGCCGUCGCAGACCUGCCUGAACGGAUCCUGCAAAUGCAGCGCAGGAUUCAUCGGAACCCCGCAGGGCUGCAGCGAUAUCAACGAAUGCGAAGCGCACCCGUGCCAUCGCAGUGCCAUCUGCAAAAACGAUCUCGGUUCCUACAAGUGCGUCUGUCCUGAGGGCAUGAUUGGGGAUCCCUACACAAGCACCGGGUGCUCCGGGCCUGGACAAUGCAGAUCUGAUCGCAACUGUCCAGACCAACUGGUGUGCAAACGGGGCAAGUGCCAGGACCCUUGCGACAAAUGCGGGGUGAACGCGCUGUGCGCUGUGGCCAAUCAUGCACUGUCCUGUGCGUGUCCCCCCGGCCAUUUGGGGAACCCGUUCGACAAGAGUCUUGGAUGCUUCAAGGUGGAGUGUAUUGAGAACGAUGACUGUCCUGAUGACCGCUUCUGCAAUGCGCAUUCCAACAAAUGUCUUGAUCCGUGCGGCUUUGUCGACUGCGGAAAAGGUUCCUGCCAAGCCCAGAACCACGACACCAUUUGCGCCUGCUCCACUGGUUACAAACUGGUCGAGGACAAAUGCGUCAAUGUUGACGAAUGUGAGGAGAGUCGCCCCUGCCACUCUACAGCCGAGUGA